AUGUCAUUUCGCAGCAACAACUCCUUCAUUCAGCCCUCUGAAUUCCAUCUCAUGUGCCUCCCUGGGAUCCGGAGCCAUCAACUCGGGUUCUCUGUUCUCCUGGCCCUGCUCUUAAUCGUGGCCCUAGGGGCCAAUGCUUUGCUCUUGCUGACCAUCCGGCUGGAGGAGUCUCUGCACCAGCCCAUGUACCACCUCCUCAGCCUCCUCUCCCUCCUGGACCUCGUUCUCUGUCUCACUGUCAUCCCCAAGAUCUUGGCCAUCUUCUGGUUUGGCUGGUGGUCCAUCAACUUUGAAGGCUGCUUAUUGCAGAUGCUCAUCAUGAACAGCUUCCUGGCCAUGGAGUCCUCUACCUUCUUGGUCAUGGCUUAUGACCGCUAUGUGGCCAUCUGCCACCCACUGCGGUACCCAUCCAUUGUCACUGACCACUUUGUUGCUAAAGCAGCCAUCUUCAUCGUGGCUCGCAACUUACUGCUCCUGGCGCCUGUGCCCAUCCUCUCUGCCCAGCUACACUACUGUGGGAACACCACCAUUAGGAACUGUUUUUGUGCCAACCUGUCUGUGUCACAGCUCUCCUGUGGAAAUAUUACCCUGAAUAAACUCUACCAGUUUGUGGUGGGUUGGACCCUGCUGGGCUCUGACCUGAUCCUCAUCAUCCUCUCCUACACCUUCAUCCUGCAUGCCGUGCUUCGUCUAAAGGCUGUGGGGGCAGUGGCCAAGGCCCUGAGCACCUGCGGAUCCUAUCUCAUCCUCAUCCUCUUCUUCAGCACCAUCCUGCUUGUCCUGGUCCUCACUAAUGUGGUCAAGGAGAAAGUCCAUGCCGACAUCCCCGUCCUCUUCAAUGUCCUGCACCAUAUCAUCCCUGCCGCCCUGAACCCCAUUGUCUAUGGGGUGCGGACCAAGGAGAUCAAGGAGGGGAUCCACAGGGUCCUGAGGAAGGAUCUGUUGCAGAUUGGUGAGCCCCAGGCUGCUUUCAUCAUGAAGCUGACCCUGGUGCCUGCCUCCGACCUUCCUGUUCUUCCAACUCAUUUUUUGCCAUCCAUGGAUUCCUUCAGGAGCCUAAACCCUCUGACAGAUGGCUACUUCAUAGUAUCUCUCCAAGAUGGCUUGACCAUUGAGGUGGCCUUGGAAAAAAACUUCCGCAAAGUGUUGCACAUGACAUUACUGCAUUACAUUGCUGGUGCAGUAUGA